AUGUCAGGACCUGACCACUGGCACAAGUUAUACUCUACUGCCAACAGAGACCACCAAUCUCCUAUUGAUAUCAAACCCAAGUCAAAAAAAGAUGCAUCUCUGGAGCUUCUCCGGAUCACUUGGAAACCUUCCACAUGCAAAGAGAUGCUCAAUGCUGGAUAUUCAUUCCACGUGAAUUUUGAGGAUAAGGACAAUCAAUCAGCAUAUCUUCCACAGGGUAAGUAAGCUCCCUUUUCUGAUUUUGAUCCUUCAAGCCUACUGCCUAAAUCCAUGGAUUACUGGACCUACAAUGGCUCUCUGAUUUAUCCUGCCCUCCAUAGCAGUGUCAUCUGGAUUAUCAUUAAAGAGCCAAUUACUAUCAGCUCAGAGCAGGUGAUAGCACAGUGGUACCAGUGUCUGAAAGUUUCUGUGACAGUUGGAUAUAGGGGUGAAUAG